AUGUCACAAAGAAAUACUCGUCACGUUUCCACUAAUAUACCAUCGGCUCGAACAACAGUUAAAAGUGUAAUAUCUACCAGUAGUCAACCAACAGUAGCUGCAUUAUCACGAGCAAGUAAUAUCGAAUUUAUAGAUUACAAUACAAUAGAUGUAGCUAGAAAAGAAAUUAUUCAUAAACAACAAGAAGCACAUCGAGCAUGGAUAACAAAAUUUGAUCCAUGGUUAAUUGAUGAAUAUCGACAAAUGUAUGAUAAUAUAGCAAAAGUUCAUGGUAUUUCUCGUGAGAAUUGUCUUAUUUCUCUGAAACGUACUGAAUGGCAGCAACCAACUAAUAUCUUUCCACCAUUACAUAAACGUCUUACAGGUCAACGUCGUCGACGUUUAUUAGGAGCAUUUCCCGAAACAGAAAAUGACAAAAUUGGUUGGAGAAUUUUACCACAACAAGCUAUUGAAAUCUAUGGACGUGCAAAAUCGGUUAAUAUUAAACCAUUACCCAAACAAUAUAAAUUUUCUAAUUGGCCAAUUGAAAGUUUUUAUUAA